AUGAUCCGUGUUGCCGCCCUGAUCAUUUUUCUCACUUGUGUGGUGCUGUCAGAGGCCAAACAUCAGCCGGGCUACUGCUCUUUCUAUGAGGAGUGCGGUUCUAACCCGAUGGUAGAUAAACCCUUUGCUAAGGCUAUCGUCCCCUGUCUCAACUACAGUCCUGCCCGUCACCUCAAAGGAGCCCACUACAAAAAACUCCAAGAGGUGUGUCCGAUGCUGGACCAGGGAGAGAACAACACGUACGCCUGCUGCUCCCAUAAACAGCUGAUUACGCUGGGAACCAGUGUGGCCUUGUCCAAGAUUCUGCUGCUCCGCUGCCCUGCCUGUGCUGAUAACUUUGCCCACCUGCACUGCAUCAACACCUGCAGCCCCAACCAGAGCCAGAUACUAGAAGUCACAAAGGUCAUGAAUGUCACCUCCAAAUUGAACGUGACUAAAUUAGCCGUUGUAGCUUACAAGUCGUUCAUCUCUAACACCUUUGCACAAGCCUCCUUCCAGUCUUGUAAAAACGUUAGGAUCCCAUCCACAGGGGGCUACGCCAUUGGCACCAUGUGUGGUUCGUAUGGCGCUAGCCUGUGUACCGCCCAGCGCUGGCUAGACUUCCAGGGAGACACCGGCAAUGGCUUGGCUCCACUGGACAUUGACUUCACCCUGCUAGAUCCGCAUCAAGCUGUGGGACUGCCAGAGGGUGUGAUUCCCUACAAUGGGCAUGCUCUGAAGUGUAAUGAGACCACACCAAGUGGAGGUAAGGCUUGCAACUGCCAGGACUGCGAAGAGGCGUGUGCAAAAAUACCACCCCCUGUCCCUGAGGAACCCUUCACACUGCUGGGGACAGAUGGUUUCCUGGUGAUUUCUGUUAUUUUACUCUGUCUCCUGCUACUUGCCUUCUUUUUGUACCUCUUCGUCACGUGCUUGGUGAGGUCUCAGAAGAGAAAGGAUGAGGAGAAAGGAAAGAGAAAGGGGAAAGGCAAAGACCAGAACAGCAAUGAUGUGACUCAUCGGGUCAUUGAUCCGUCAGAGGUGACGUGCAUUGACAGGAACAGCCUGGCCGCUCAAGCUUUCCUAAGCUUACAGUUUCGCCGUUGGGGAACCCUCAUGGCAACUUAUCCCCUUACGGUGCUCCUGUUGUCGGCUAUAGUCGUGGCUAUUUUCUCCGCUGGCUUCAUGUACAUUGAGCUCACCACUGACCCGGUCGAGCUGUGGUCUGCUCCCAACAGCCAAGCCCGUCAGGAGAAAGACUUCCACGACAAACACUUUGGCCCCUUCUUCAGGACGAACCAGCUGAUCUUGACAGCACCAGGCAGAAAAGGCCACCUUUAUGACUCUUUGCAGUUUGGACUACAGAACUUUAGCGGGAUUGUAUCCAAAGAUCUAAUCAUUGAGCUGCUGCAGCUCCAGACGCAAAUACAGAAUAUUGAGUUCUGGUCAGAGGAUCUGAACCGCACAGCAAGUCUGAAGGAUGUGUGUUACGCACCGCUGAACCCAUCCAACCCCUCCUUGACAGACUGUGCAGUAAACAGCUUGCCACAGUACUUCCAGAACAGUCUAGACAACAUCAACAAAAAGGUGACACCGCUGGGAGAGACCAAGGAGGUGGACUGGAGAGACCACUUAAUCUACUGCGUCAACUCCCCCCUGUCCUUCAGGGACAUCACUGAUUUAGGUAUGAGCUGCAUGGCUGAUUAUGGAGGUCCAGUCUUCCCCUUUCUGGCUGUGGGAGGCUAUGAGAAUGUAGACUACACCAAUGCUGAGGCUCUCAUCCUGACCUUCUCCCUCAACAACUAUCCUCGCGACAAUGUCAAGUUCAGAGUGGCUAUGCAGUGGGAGACAGAGUUUCUUAAAAUUGUCCAGAACUACAAGAAAGACCCCGAAACCAACUUUACCUUUGCAUACAUGGCAGAGAGGUCUCUGGAGGAUGAGAUUAAUCGCACAACAGCGGAGGAUAUCCCCAUCUUCAUGAUCAGCUAUGCUGUGAUCUUUGUUUACAUUGCUGUGGCACUGGGGGAGUACUCUUCAUUCGAACGGCUGCUGGUGGACUCCAGGUUUCUGGUGGGUCUGGGUGGGAUCCUGGUGGUCGCCUGUUCUGUCCUGUCCUCCAUGGGCUUCUACUCGUGGAUCGGCAUCCCCUCCUCGCUGGUCAUUCUGCAGGUCGUGCCUUUCCUGGUACUCGCCGUUGGAGCAGACAACAUCUUCAUCUUCGUUCUGGAGUACCAGAGGGAUGUGCGGAGGGCUGGAGAGAAGAGAGAGGAGCAGAUUGGUCGUGUCCUUGGAAACGUGGCUCCUAGCAUGCUCCUGUGCAGUCUCUCUGAGUCUAUCUGCUUCUUUCUAGGGGCCCUGUCCACCAUGCCAGCAGUGAAGUCCUUUGCUCUGUAUGCUGCCCUGGCUGUGCUCUUGGACUUCGUCCUCCAGAUGACAGCCUUUGUAGCGUUGCUGUCCCUGGAUGCCUGGCGCCAGGACAGCAACCGCUGUGAACUCCUCUGCUGUGUUACAGUGCCAACCCAGCGAUCCAACAAGCCAAACGAGGGCUUUCUGCUGCCCUUGAUGAGGAAAUACUACGCCCCUGUCCUACUGCACCGCUACACCCGAGUCAUAGUGAUGGUGCUUUUCAUCUUCAUGUUCAGUGGAUCCUUAUUCCUCAUGUUUCAUGUGACUGUGGGUCUGGACCAGGAACUGGCUAUGCCUAAGGGCUCAUAUAUGCUGGAUUAUUUCCACUACCUGUACAAAUACUUUGAAGUAGGAGUCCCUGUGUAUUUUGUCACGAAAAGAGGCUUCAACUUCAGCAGUGUGGAUGGAAUGAACGCAGUCUGCUCCAGCGUGGGCUGUAAUAACUUCUCGUUAACCCAGAAGAUCCAAUACGCCACCGACUUCCCUGAACAGUCCUACUUGGCUGUCCCUGCUAACUCCUGGGUGGAUGAUUACAUCGACUGGCUGAACCCCGAAGGCAGCUGUUGUCGCGUGUACAGCAAUGAUUUAAAUCUCUUCUGUCCUGCAAAUGAAACCUGUAAGGAAUGUUUGAAAAAACCUUACACCAGGCCAAAUGUGGAAGACUUCAAUCGCUUCCUCCCUGACUUCCUGGGUAACAGGCCUGACCUCUCGUGCCCCAAAGGUGGUCUCGGAGCCUAUGACACGUCUGUGGACGUGGAUGAGAGUGGAGAAAUUAUAGCCUCUCGGUUCAUGGCUUACCACACACCUUUAACCAACUCUCAAGAGUUCACUGCUGCGCUGUUGAAGGCCAGAGAGCUGGCCCACAACAUCACCAUGAGCAUGAGGGAAGUACCAGGCACCUCACCCGACUUCGAAGUAUUUCCUUACACGGUGACGUACGUAUUUUACGAGCAGUAUCUAACUAUUGUGCCAGAGGGACUCUUCAACAUCUCCCUGUGUCUGCUGCCUACCUUCGUCGUGUGCUGUCUGCUGCUGGGUCUGGAUCUGCGCUCCGGUCUGCUCAACCUGAUCACCAUAAUCAUGAUCGUCGUGGAUACAGUUGGCGUCAUGACGCUGUGGGGCAUCGAUUACAACGCAGUGGCCCUUAUCAAUCUGGUCACGGCGGUGGGCAUCUCUGUGGAGUUUGUGUCCCACAUGACAAGAUCCUUUGCCCUCAGCACUAAGCCCACACAUGUAGAAAGAGCUAUGGAGGCGACGGCCAACAUGGGCAGUGCGGUGUUUGCUGGUGUUGCUAUGACCAACCUGCCAGGCAUCAUUGUGCUGGCAUUUGCCAAAGCGCAGCUCAUCCAGAUCUUCUUCUUCCGAUUAAACCUGGUCAUUACGCUUUUGGGCUUGGUCCACGGACUCAUAUUCCUCCCUGUGGCGCUCAGCUACUUUGGUCCUGGUGUGAAUAAAGCCGUGCUGCUGCAGCUCCAGCAGGAGAGAGCAAAGGCCAGGCAAGAGCUAGAGCUGGCAAACGACAUGAAACAAGCCUAUGAUAACAUGUGCUAUGAAAACAAUGAGAUAAAACAGGAGGCAGACUCCAACACGAAGGCCCCCAAAAAUGGCAGCAGACCUUCAAAAUUGAUAGAAAAUCAACUGGAGGAGCAAGUGGAGAGAACUGACAGUUUCUGA